GGGUAGAUUAUCAGAUUAUCUAGCAUAGAGGGUGGCGCCAAGACCGCAUAGAGGAUCCUAAUAGGGGGAAUUCCUGGAUGACUAGCCGAAUAAUUCUCCUCACCCCCAACUCCUUGGGCGAACCGACGCCGGCUCCUUGCCCCGCCUUAGCGACAUAUCGGGGCGGCUUCUCGCGGCCGGUGCGACACGACUGUGUUGGCUUCGUGUGGGGGGGAUAUUCCUAUUUCAGCACGCUUCAGCCUCUGAAGCCCGCCGUUGGAUGCGGGCCUGAGAUACACAGACCACCACGAGUCGAUAUAGGGACUACCUAAUCCACUGUCCACUGAUAAUAGAUACCUGCGGUGUGAUAUUCGGAAAGAAAUAAGGCAACAUGAGUACCACCACCGAGACAGCGGUCAAGAGAACUUGGCAAGAGCUCCAGGCCGCGAAGGCCGCCGAGCGCGACUCCAGAAUACCAGCCGAAUGGAAGUUGAAACAGCUCCCGCCGGCGGGCACUUUUGACCUUCGCCCGUUUGCCAGCUCCUCCGGGAUUCUCUCCGAGACCGAGCUGACGAUCACCGGCGAGCAGUAUGACGCGACUUCGCUGGCCGCCGCCAUCGCCGAGGGCAAAUACACUGCCGCCGAGGUUGUAACCGCCUUCUGCAAGCGGGCCGCCAUCGGGCAGCAGCUCUGCAACAUGCUGACGGAAAUUAUGUUCGCCGACGCGAUCAAGAGGGCGCAGGAGCUCGACGAUAUCUACAAGAGCACCGGCAAGGUGGUCGGCCCGCUGCACGGCGUCCCGAUGACCUUCAAGGAGUGCUUCCACUUUAAGGGGUACGACUCGACCAAUGGCUACAUGUCCCGGGUCUUCCAGCCGGCCGACCGCACGUCACCGCUACCAGAGCUCAUACAAGCUGCCGGAGCCGUCGUUAUUUCCAAGACGAACGUGCCCCAGACGAUGCUUGUCGCGGAGAGCCACAACAACGUGUUCGGCCAGACCAAGAACCCCGUCAACUCCAACCUCACGUGCGGAGGCAGCAGCGGUGGCGAAGGCUCUAGCCAAGCUUUCCGGUGCAGUGCCCUCGGCGUCGGGACUGACGUCGGUGGUUCGAUUCGCAUCCCUUCGGCAUGCAAUGGCGUCUACGGAUACAAGCCAAGCUUCGGCGUCAUCCCGAUGAUCGGGUACUCGUAUUCGGGUUGGACGGGUUCCAACACGGGCAUCCCCGCCGUCACGGGACCCCUCGGGCACUCGGUCCGCGACCUCGCCCUCUUCACGCGCAUUGUCCGGGACGCGAAACCGUGGCUGUUCGACCCGGCCGUGAUCCCGAACAUCCUCGAGCUCGAGCCGGCGGCGCGCAAGCCUGUCGUCGGCGUCAUCUACGAGUCGGGGCUGACGCCGCACCCGCCGGUGCGCCGGGGCCUGCGCGAGGCCGUGGCGAAGCUGACGGCGGCCGGGUUCGACGUGCGGGAGUUCAACCCGCCGGACCUGACCGGCGUGCGCGAGGUGUCGGAGCAGCUGUUCACGAUCGACGGGCUGUCGUACCCGCGGCUGGAGUUCGAGAAGUCGGGCGAGCCCGUCGUGCCGAGCGUCAACAAGAUCGGCUUCUGGGACAUCCCCGCCAAGACCCAGGAGCAGGCGUGGCAGUGGAACACGAAGAAGCUCAACCUCCAGAAGGUCCUGCUCGACGAGUGGCAGAGGGUCGGCUGCGACGUCCUCCUUACCCCCGCCGGCGCGCACACUGCCGUCCGGCCCGGCGACUGGACGAGCGAUAUCUACACCGUGUUCUGCAACGUGGCUGAUUAUCCGGCCAUCAUCGUGCCAGUGACGCACGCCGAUCCGGCCCUCGACCCCGUCGACGCCAACUUCAAGCCCAGGAAUGAGGCCGAUAAGAAGAACCAGGAUAUGUAUGACCCGGAGCUUUUCAAGGGGGCGCCGGUCGCGUUGCAGAUCGUCGGCCCGAGGCUGGGAGACAAGCAGCUGCUCAAGGAUGCCGAGACCAUUGACAGCGUCUUGAACGCCAGCGCUUGAGGGGCGGCUCGCGCCACGAUGGUGCUCUAUGAGCUGCUGGAGGGAUGUACGGAGGAUCGAUUGAAAUGCCUCAUUCUAGAGAUGGAAAGCUGGAGACACGGGAAUACUUACCUCUGUU